AUGGUAGAGCGAUUUCAUCGUCGCCUCAAGACCGCCCUCAACGCCAAUGGCAGUUCGUGCUGGACCGAAGUGCUGCCUCUCGUGCUCCUAUCGCUUCGUGCGACCGUUAAAGAAGAUUUGGGCUGCACGCCGGCGGAAAUGGUUUGCGGCGCCACGCUCCGUAUUCCCGGUGACUUUUUCCCGACUCCAGCCAAUCCUCCCCUCACUGACCUGACCUCCUACGUCGACCGCUUGCGCAACACCAUGGCCCAACUUCGCCCUCAACCUUCACGACCUUGCACACGACCCUCCUUCCAGCACCCACUUCUUGAGUCCGCCACCCAUGUAUUUGUCCGGUAUGAUGGCACCCGCAAGCCUCUGCAACAUCCCUAUGAUGGACCAUUCCGUGUCAUCAAGCGCUCUCAGAAGCACUUCACGCUUCAGGUCAGAAACCGUCAGGACACACUGUCCAUCGACCGUUUGAAGCCGGCAUUCUUGGAUGAGCCCGGAGAUUCCCCUUCCUCUUUCGCGUCGGUUUCUGCCCCAACCUCAGGAGUUGUCUCCCUCGUCGAGCUUCCCUGCUCACCGUCUCCCAGGCCCGCCACCUCAGUUACUACCCGCUCACCUCGCCACGUCCGCUGGGCCCUUCCCCUUGCCACCGCUUGCCCAUGA